UUGUGGAAGGAAAUGAUGUUGGGAUGGGGGAAAUAAGGGUGUUUACGUGGGCUGGUGGAAACUAAAAUAAACAGCCGACAUUCCCAGAAUUCUUUGAACAAAAAGAAGUUGUCAGGUGAUUUGCUGAGGAAACUUUCUUUUUGUUUUCUGUGAGAUGCGGUGUGUGUGAGGGGAGGCUCCGGCCGUGCCAACCAAAGAACCUUUGCUAUAGGAUCUUUGGUGCCAUCUCACCUUCCCCAUGCGUGGCGGAAUUUGCGUGCCUGAUCCCUGAUCCCGGAGCUGGAGUGGAUGCGUUGCCAUUCUUUACCCCCCUCACUACUGCCUGAAAAAAAGCACAACCCUGUGCAAAAUCCUUCGGAUCCUGUGCACGGCGAUCCACAGCCGUUAGACAUCAACCACAGAAGAAAAGCCAGUUAUGGCUGAAGUUCUGCCUCAUGGAAUAUUGGAAAUUUGUGUAGUUGUGGGAGCGUCACAUGAAAAACUGAAGGAAAUUUGCCAGGCAUUCCCGAAAGAUGGUAUUCGAUCACAUUGUUACCUUAGCCCAGAGAUUCGAUCGGUUCAUGUUCCCCCCUUUGUUAGUAAAGAGGACAGUCGUUUUGGUAAUUCUGAUCAAAGUUUUACGAGAAUUUCUAGACGGCGUUCAUUCAAAAAGAAAAAGGAAUUGAAGCACACAAAUCCUGCCGCAACCAAUGCAAAUGCAGGUCACAUAGAGUCACAGAGUGAGGAGUUUAGCAUUCCAAGUAACAUAGAUCUCCAAGGACUACCUCAAUUAUGUUUCCCAGGAGAAUUGCAAAUAGAAACGGAAGCAAAGGAGGACCGCUAUCAUUUCUUGGUGUUCACAGAUGUUUUUGGAACAAGGACUUAUGGUGUGGCAGUACAGUUCUACAGGCUUAUUGAGGAAGGAAACAGUUUCCAACAUGGACAAACAAAUUGGAAUGUGCACAAUCAAAGGAUGUCUACACUGUAUGCUCCCUUCAGUGUCUGUGUGAUCUCCAAAUUUCCUUAUUAUACAGCCUUUAAGGAUUGUCUUUCCAGCCUGAUGGUGCAUGUAAAAACAUGUCAAGAGCUGGAUUUUGAUCAUAAAGUGAGACAGUUUGCAGCAAAAUUAGCCUUGGUGCCCAGUCCACCAUCUGGAACUCUUCAUUUGGUAUUUAACCUAAAUCCUCUGCUGAUUGUAUUGCCUUCAAGGGAAGACCCUAAUUAUCCAGUGGCAGACUUGGACAUUCAUCUCCCUUUGCUUUGCUUCAAGCCAAAAUGUAUUCUGCAGAUCCUGACAUGUAUUUUAAUGGAACAGAGGAUAGUCUUUCUUUCAGCUGAUUGGGCUUUGCUGACACUUGUUGCAGAAUGUUUUAUUCUUUACCUUCACCCACUUCAGUGGCAACACACCUAUGUUCCUAUCCUGUCCAAAGAAAUGAUGGAUUUUUUGAUGGCUCCAACAGCUUUUCUCAUGGGUUGCCACAUUGAUUACUUUAAAGAAGUUAAGUCUGAAAUUGAAGGCUUAAUAUUGGUGAACAUUGAUGAAGGGACAAUUUCAUUUUCAAACUUGGCAGCUACUGAGCCAGAUAUACCUGAAAUGCCUUCACAAGCUGCAGAAUGUUUUGCACAAAGGAUUGAAAGUCUACAAUUACAUUAUGAUCUGGAAUUAUCCCACUUAGGAUCCUCCUCAGAUAUUUCAAAUUUACGAAUGCGCAGAAGGAAUUGGCAGCAGAAUUUAAACUUGGCGAUUCAGGAGUUAUUCUUGGUGCUGGUUGUUAACAUGUUCAGGGAUGUAUCAGACUAUUUAAAUUAUGAAUAUCGUGUCUUUAACAGUGAAGAAUUUUUGAAGACCAGAACAGUUUCUGACCAGCCUUUUUACAAAAAAGUAUUGGAAACCUAUAUAUUCCAUUCAUUCCUGAAAGCACGUUUGAGUAGAAAAAUGGAUGCCUUCAGCCACAUGGAACUUCGUAUCUGUCCUGAAAGUAACAGGGUAAAGAUGCGAGAUAAUCCUCGGAGGCCUACAAUGGAGCAGAUGGUCAUGAGGAGAGAAUAUCAUUUUGACCAUUUAGUGACUAAACGAUUUGCUGCAAGCAUGCCAAAUCUACCAGUAGACAUCUGCCAAGAUUUUUCAGCUGAGCAUCUGUCUAUAAGGAAGAACAAGUCUGAAAAUGCAAUGAAGAAAAGCACAAAAUCAGUGACAACUCUCAAGCUGCCAGAGUUUAGGUCCCCACUUAAUUAUUCCAGUGUUAUUGCAUGGUAUACAGAUUUCAUCAACCUACUGAGCAAAGCCAUAAAUGCCACAGGACAGGAAUGCUCAAGUCUGUUGGCAAGAUAUUACUACCUCCGUGGGUUGGCUUAUUUGAUGCAGGAAAAAUAUCUUGAAGCACUAUCAGAUUUCCAGAACCUGUACAAGACUGACCUUGACAUUUUCCCCAAAGAACUUGUAAAGAAAGUGAUAGGUGUGUUGCCUCCAGAUCAACACAGUCAAGCAGGUCAGAAACCAGAAUUAAAACGGCUUAUAAGCAUAAUGCUAGAGAAGGAACAAAAUGUAACGGCAUCUGAUGAACAUGUGAAAAAAUUUGAACUGCCUAAAACACAUAUGCACAAAGAAGAUUUUCUGAAAAGGAUCCAGGAAUCUGGAAUUGUGAAAGAUGUCGGUACCAUUCUUCGGCUAUUCGAUGCUCUAACUAUAGUUAAUUCUGAAAAGAACAAACUUAAAUAUCGUGACAUGACAACGGAGCAAAUUACAACAGCUAAAGUGGUUUCAAGAUCAGUGUUUUAUUUAUCGGCUGAGACUGGACACCUGAAACAGAUUGAUCCUGAGACAUUUAGAGACUUCUACAAUUUUUGGAAAGAAUCAGAAGCUGAAGCCCACGAAGUUAACCUUCCUCUGGAAGUGAUAGAAUAUCUGGAUAAAAACGAGAGUGUCUUUAAAUUGUCAUCAGCUGUGAAGACCAACUAUGGUGUUGGUAAAAUUGCAUUGACACAGAAACGACUUUUUCUUCUUAAGGAGGGCAGACCUGGCUAUGUUGAAAUCAGCAAAUUCAGAGACAUAAUGGAAGUUGAAAACGUAUCAGUGAUGUUUUUCCCACUUCGAAUCCCAGCUCUCAAAAUUAAAACUGCACUGAAAGAGCCAUUUGUUGGAAACCUGAAAACCGAACGUGAUCUUUGGCAACUGAUUGUGAAAGAGAUGUGGGCUGGGAGAACGAUGGCAGAUAAGCACAAGGAUCCACAGUACAUUCAGGAAGCAUUGACAAAUGUUUUGUUGAUGGAUGCUGUGGUUGGAUGCACGCAUUCACGAGCCAUUUAUGCUGCUUCUAAAUUGGCUUAUUUUGACCAAAUGAGGAAUUUGGUGGUUCCAAAAACAACUUUGGAGACUUUAAAACACAAGAUAAAUCCUUCUGCUGAUCAAACUAGUCCCCAAGCUGUGAAUGCGCUUUUGUAUGCACCAGGUAAUCCAAAUUACCCAGAAGAGGGCGCCAAUGCAAAUCCAAAGUUAUGGUGUGCUUUAAGUGAAGGAAAAGUAGUGCUCAUAGAUGCAGCAUCCUGGUGCAUUCAGCAACAUUGCAUUCAAGUGGGAAACUCAAAAUUGAACUGUAUGUUGGGAGUGGAUUCCAGCCAACUGUGGAUAGGUUCACAAGAUUCCUGUAUUUACAUAAUAAAUACUUACAGUAUGUCCUGCAAUAAACAGCUGACUGAACACUGCACUGAUGUCACUGACAUGGUCUUGGAGGAUCAAGGCUCCACUCUCAGUCAAAAAUGCGUGUAUUCAUGCAGUCUAGAUGGAAGUGUCAUUUGCUGGGAUGUGAGCACUUUGCAGAUAAAGACUCAUUUUCAGUUGUCCAACUGCCACGGACUAAUUGCCAUUCAACUCCAUAACUGUAUGCUCUGGUGCUGUGUAGGAGAUGCAUUGCUGGAGGUGAAAAAAACUGGACAAGUUUUUCGUACGUUGAUACUAGAAAAUCCAAAUGGCAGUCGAGCCUUUUUUAGCUGUUUCCUUGUCCUUCCUGGGAAAAAUCAACUGGUGACUGGAUGUGCUGAUAAAGGAGAAGUUUGUUUUUGGGAUAUGGAAAAUCUAUCAAAACCCUUGCAAAAGAUUCAGCUUCAGGAUUGCAGCAGUAUUAAUUGUAUGAUAUUCGUCAAAAAUCAGGUCUGGAUUGGAAGCAAAGGAUUGGACAAAGCAAAUGGGAAAAUAUACGUGAUUGAUGCAGACAAAUACUAUGUAGAAAAAGAACUGGUGGCUCAUGUAGACAUGGUUCGAGCAUUGUGCUCUGCUGAAAACAAAUAUGUUCUUAGUGGAGCAGGCAGGGAAGAUGGGAAGGUUGCCAUUUGGAAAGUGGACUAAUUUUCUGCAAUUUUAACCCAUUUUAAUAUGGAGUUAAACACAUUACGCAAUUGUGCUGUCAAAGUGGAGAAUAAAAUGGAAGUCAACAUCCUAUAUCUUUAUGCAUCUGUGCACAUUUUAAUUCAGAUCUUUGUACAAAUGUUUAUUUCAUAGAAGAGGCAAGUAUUACUUCAAAGACAAAUUACUGUAGAUUCUGGAAAUCUCAAAGUGAUAAAAAUACGUAAUAUGAUGACAUUUCAUCAGAUGUGUAUAUAAUUGUAUAUAACUUUGACAAUAUUUUACGUCCAAUUUGAAAACGUUUUUAUUAAAGAAUUACCCUUU